CUGUUAUGGGAGAGGACUUCCUCGUUCCCCUAGACUUGUUCCAGUAAGGCCUUUCUAAGGAGGAUAUGGCUGAAGAAAUAGUAAUACAAUCCUCGGAAGAUUUGCAUCUUAGGAAAAUCAGAUGGCUCUUAGACCACCAGUGGCUCAUUCGCCACACUGAGGGAAAAAUAAAAAGGGAGACAUUCUUCCUGGUGUGUCUCAGUACUUCUAACUCCCACCAUCAGAACCACAACUGCUGACUCAUAAGUAACAAUGCUUCGGGUGUUUUAUUUCUCUGCUUUUAUUGUCUCGCUUAUUUUUGAUUUUGUAGGGAUCAUCACAAAUCUGUUUAUCACAGUGGUCAGUUACAAGACUUGGGUCAAAAGCCACAGAAUCUCCUCUUCUGACAUGAUCCUGUUUAGCUUGGGCAUCACUCGAUUUCUGAUGUUGGGAUUGUUUCUCCUGAACAUGGGCUACUACAUUGCUGCCAAGGUGGAAAGGUCGGUCUACAUCUCCAUCUUUUUGCUAGUGUGUUGGAUGUUUUUUGAGUAUACCAGUCUCUGGUUUGUGACCUUGCUCAACGUCUUGUACUGUGUGAAGAUUUCUAGUUUCCAACCCACUAUGUUUCUGCUGCUGAAACGGAAUCUCUCUCUCAAAACCCCCUGGUUCCUGGGAGCCUGUGUACUGAUUUCUGCCUUUACCAGUCUCCUACAUGUCAUGCUCAGACAGACACUAGUUUCUUCUACACUUAGGACCGAGAAGAAUGACACAUCCUUUGACACCAACGAAGACAUCGUGUUUUUGGUGGUCUCUUCAGUCUUAAGCUCAUUUGUCCAGUUUAUCAUUAAUGUGACUUGUGCUUCCUUGUUAAUCCAUUCCUUGAGGAGGCAUAUAAAGAAGAUGCAGAGAAACACCACUGGGCUUUGGAACCCCCAGACUGAAGCUCACGUUGGUGCCAUGAAGCUGAUGGUCUAUUUCCUCGUCCUCUACAUUCCACAUUCAGUGGCUAGCCUGUUCUAUUUUCUCCCUCCGAGUGUGAAGAUGAAUUGGGUAACUAAAGCUAUUUGUACAGUGAUUUCUACUCUUUACCCUCCAGGACACUCUGUCCUUAUCAUUUUUACUCAUCGUAAACUAAAAACCAAAGCAAAAAAGCUUCUUUGUUGCAACAAAUAGUAGAAUUUCUGUAGUAAAUAUUGCCUGGAGUCACCUU